AUGGACGACACCACCGCGCUCAUCGUAACUGCCAGCUUCGCCGGAAUCGUCGUCCUCGCCGUCCUCGCCAGGAGACUCCUUCUACGUUCCAACUUCCCCAAUCUUCCCGGACCACCCGCGGGCUCCCUCCUUACUGGAAACGUACACCGCAUGCGCAGUCGCCACAGCAUCAAGUACAGAAAGCAUGUCACCGACACCCACGGACCGUUGUUCAAACUCGCGGGUCCAUACGGGGCGGAAUGGCUGUACAUCUACGACCCCAAGGCUCUCUACAGCAUCACUAUCAAGGACCAAGAUGUCUGGGGGAAGCACGGCGCGUUGUUAACGAUGAUUAUGCUUGGCCCCGGCCUUCUGUCGACGGAGCACCACCAGCACCGCAAGCAGCGCAAGAUGCUCACCCCCGUCUUCUCUGCGGCGUACUUGCGCAACAUCACGAGCGUGUUCUACGAGACGACCCACAAGCUGCGCGACGACGAGGCGAUGCAGCGGCUCGGCGAGGUCAAGGACGUCAUGAGCAUUUUGCUGCGCGCGAACAUGACUGCAAGCGAGAAGGAUCGGCUCGCCGAGGAAGAGCUCAUCGCUCAGGUGUCAACGUUCAUUCUUGCGGGCAUGGACACCACGUCCAACGCUACCUCCCGCGUCCUGCACAUCCUCGCCUCCAAGACCGACGCGCAGACAAAGCUUCCGGACGAGAUCCUGGAAGCGCAAGCCGGCACCGAGGUCUCCUACGACACCCUCAUGGAGCUCCCCUUCUUGGACGCCGUUUGCAGAGAGACCCUCCGCGUAUACGCCCCCGUUACUACCAUCAGCCGCUACGCCGUCAAAGACACAGUCCUAGGGCUGUCUGCCCCGAUUCGCGGCACGGACGGGACGCUGAUAUCCGAGGUGCCGGUCCCGAAGGGCACCGCCGUGCUCUGCGACCUCGGCGCGUGCAACACGAACGCGGCGCUCUGGGGCCCGGACGCGCGCGAGUGGAAGCCGGAGCUAUUCCAACAGGAGCGGUGGCUCGCGCCGCUCCCGCGCGAGGUCGAGGAGGCGCGCGUGCCUGGGGUGUACUCGAACUUGAUGACGGUCCACGGCGGCGGCCGGUCGUGCAUCGGGUUCAAGUACGCGCAGCUCGAGCUCAAGGUCGUCCUGGCCGUGCUCCUCGCGAACUUCCGCUUCGAGCUGUCCGACAAGGACAUUGUGUGGAACAGCGCCGGGGUGAUGUACCCCACGGUCGGUCCCGUGAGCAAGAAGCCGGAGAUGCCGCUGAAGGUGUCUGUGUUCCGGGAGCGUAUUUAG